AUGGCGGCUAAAAGUGGUUCUGGGGCUGAGGCAUCUGGGCUGGUCAACACCCUCCAGGGCCAUGUCGAUGAUAUUCGCACUCUGAUACAGUGUGGUAUAUGCAUCCGUCCCCUCUACGAACCGUUUACUAUCGCCUGUGGACACACUUUCUGCUACUCAGUCCGGGCUGUGGUGCAGAUGUUCACAGGUCGAGCUGAGCUUUUAGACAAAGGAGAAACGACUACGGAGCAUUCAAAGAAUCAAAGAGACGAAGCGGAAAAACUAGAUCAGGACAAGGCCAAUAGUCAUCCAACCGAAGGAGGUCUGUUCGGGGGUCUUUUCAAGCCAAAACCUCCCCCGCCCAAACCUGUCAUUGACAUUGAGGACGGGGUGGUUCGAUGUCCGCUCUGCUCGUGGGAACUUGAAGGGGACAGUUGCGGAGGAUGCGGCUACAGAUACCGGCCGGAUUCCGAGGAGACGGACGACAGUGACUCAGCUGACUUCAGUGAGACCGACCUAGACUCUCUGGAUGACGACAUAGAAGAGGCCGAGGACGAUGAGGGCGAGGGUGAGCCAGGGGAAUUUGACCACUUCGACGGCAUCGACGACCAUGAUGGCGUUUGGGGCAACUUUGCGCUUCAGUGGUAUCGGCACCCCUUCCCUGCGCGCCCUAACUGGCCUCCAAGCCUCGGUACUGGCCAGCUUUUCGACCGGCUCGAAGAUUUGAUGGAAAGCGGACCUUUCAUGCUACCAAUGCCCCCAGGGGGGCCCGUGAAUCAUGGAGAGCACCACACCCUAGGUAACACCAAUGGGAGUGAAUACGACGACGAAGAAGAAGAGGAGGAGGAGGAAGAAGAGGAGGAGGAGGAGAAUGAGUAUGACGAGACAGACUCAUUCAUCGAUGCCGAAAACGACCAUCCGCCUACGAGUUCCUUCAUUGAAACUGACCAUCGUCUCGGGAGUGGCGAUAUGUAUGAAUCGGAAUCAGACCGUUCCACUGGUACCGUUGUGGAUGAUGCUCAUGGCCCGAUUGGGCUCAAUUACAGAAACACCACACCUUCCUUUGACGAUGAGGCUUCUGAUGAGGAGGAGGAAGAGGAAGUUUCAGUGGAAUCGGAUGAAAGAGAGGUGGCUGAUGAAGAGGAGGAUGAGCCUGAAUCUGACGAAGACGCAAUCCAGACUGCGCCGCCUCGUCGUGUUAAUCGACAAUAUCCACGCCAGUCACCCUGGUUCCAAGCCCCCAGCGAUGCUCCAUGGCUUGCAGCCAGGCCUCCAAUACAAAUUCCCGACUCGUCCGAAGAAGAGGAAUCUUCGCCACCUGUUAGGCCUGCGAGAUCUAGUGCGCGCCGUUCCACCCAGCAGGGGACCGCUCCUCAGAAUGUGAUCACACUCGAUGAUUCCGACGAAGAUCAGCCUGUCGGUCCAGUGAGAAGAGCGACACAGAGAAGACGUGCAAGAUUUUCUCCAUAUUAA